ACUUGAAGCGGAAAGAGCAUCGGGAGUCGACACCGUUAUAGCUGAACAUCUUAAACACCAGCAUUAUUCCACAAGCAGCCGCGUUUCCUUUGUAGACAAAAAAACAAAAAUCCGCUUAAGGACCUAGUUUAUGGUUUAAACAAAAAUGGCUUCGUCUCCUCAGAAGUCUCCGUCCUCUCCGAAAUCUCCGAGUCCCAGAUCACCGCCCUCCAGGAAAAAGGACGACUCCUUCCUCGGGAAACUCGGAGGAACUUUGGCCAGAAGAAAAAAGGCAAAAGAAGUUUCGGAGCUCCAAGAAGAGGGCAUGAAUGCAAUCAACCUGCCUCUGAGUCCCACUCCGUUUGAGCUGGAUCCUGAGGACACCAUGCUGGAGGAGAACGAAGUCCGCACGAUGGUCGAUCCCAAUUCCAGAAAUGACCCUAAACUCCAGGAGCUCAUGAAGGUGCUGAUCGACUGGAUCAACGAUGUUUUAGUGGGAGAGCGAAUCAUCGUCAAAGAUCUAGCUGAGGACCUUUAUGAUGGACAGGUUCUUCAGAAGCUCUUUGAAAAGCUGGAAGGAGAGAAACUUAAUGUCGCUGAGGUCACACAGUCCGAGAUUGCCCAGAAGCAGAAGCUUCAGACUGUCCUGGAAAAGAUCAAUGACACACUCAAAGUGUCCUCCAGGAACAUCAAAUGGAACAUUGACUCAAUACAUGCUAAGAGCAUAGUCGCCAUUCUUCACUUGUUGGUGGCUCUAUCUCAGCACUUCCGCGCUCCGAUCCGUCUCCCAGACCACGUGUCUAUACAAGUAGUCGUGGUUCAGAAACGUGAGGGCAUCCUUCAGUCUCAGCAGGUCCUAGAGGAAAUUACUGGCAACACCGAGGCUUUAUCUGGAAGACAUGAGCGUGAUGCCUUCGACACCUUGUUCGAUCAUGCACCAGACAAGUUGAACGUUGUUAAAAAAACUCUUUUGACUUUUGUGAACAAGCACUUGAACAAGUUGAACCUGGAGGUGUCUGAGCUCGACACACAGUUUGCUGACGGCGUCUACCUGGUAUUGCUGAUGGGGCUCCUGGAAGGAUAUUUUGUUCCAUUGUAUAACUUCUUCCUCACUCCAGAUAAUUUUGACCAUAAGGUGCACAACGUUUCAUUUUCCUUUGAGCUGAUGCAAGAUGGCGGUUUGGAGAAGCCGAAACCAAGGCCCGAGGACAUUGUCAACUGCGACCUGAAGUCAACAUUACGCGUUCUCUACAACCUCUUUACCAAGUACAGGAAUGUGGAAUGAAUUCACAGCACUUACGUCAGAAAUGACAUCCUUAUCAGUAUUAGACAUUUUUUACUUGUGGUUUCUUAUUUACAGUAUUCAGUAUCAUUUCAGUAUUCAGUCUGCUCUGUAUUUAUCCAACAUGAUAUGAAAUCUUACUAUUAUUAUUUUAGUUUUCCCACUGAUGUAGUGUUGAAUGAUGUUUUGAGCUGUUUUAUGUUAAGUGUUGAUAUUUAACUGAUUUUCUUUUGGAUUUUAAAUCUAAUUUUUAAUCUUUCACCAUCCAAUAUACCCAGGCUCAGGGGAUAUAGCUGUGCUUAUGAUGUUUAUGAGCAUCAUAUUUCAUUCAUGUAGUUGUUAUCAGGAUUUCCAUCCAGGAUUUCACAAGAGUUUUUGUUAUUGUUGCAGCCAAAAAUACUUGAUUUUUCUAAAUUUGUGGGAGAUUUUUGUUGUUUUUUUGUUGUUGUUUUUUCCCCCCAAACAUUACUUGAAUUGAAAUUGCAAGCACAGACUUUAAUCUAGCAAUGAAGAAGCAUAUGUAAUUACUUCCUAUGAUUGCUCUACUCAGUCUUGCAAGUUCCUUCAAAUAUCAUAGCGUUUGCUUGAUUUUACUUUCAUAUUUUUACGAUAAAAAAAAAAUCACAAAAUCCUCAAGGGAAUAUCUGUUCCACAUGUCCAUGUCUGUUCUUUGUCCUGGAAAUUCUGGACUGGGCCCUGGACAACUUUCCCAGUUUUCACUCAUUGUGGUAGAUUUUAUCACUGAUGGAAACCGAGGAAAUACAUAACAGCAAGGUCUUUUACUUUUUAUUUUAAAUUGUUGCAUGAAGUUUGGGAUAGAGGAAUCUGUCUUGCUUUCUAUUAAGUGAACAGACCAAAUUAUCAAGUCCAGGCAGUUUAUUGUGCUGGUGAAUAGUGCUCAAUGUUUUUAUUUUCUGCUUGUAUGAAACUUCUAUAGAUCUGAAGCAAACAGACAUGAAAUUGCCUUCUCCACCUGAGGCAAUCAUAGAAUUCAAACCAUAAGCAGACUUAUUGCUACUAGUUUGUAAGAAUGCAAUGCGACUAUUCCGGGGGAAAAAAGGAUUCCUUCGUGCAGUUUAACGUGAAGGUCGGAGCGAUCAUUUGUUUCACUGUUGAGGUUUGAAUGCGGCUUGUGUAUGGGGCCUGACUGGCUCAGAGGAAAAGCGAAUUCCUGUCCUUGUGCUCUCUUCAUUCACCACUGACCAUUUUGUGUGACUGUCCUGUGUGUACUUUUGAACGAAUGGAAGAGGAAUAAAUUGAUCUCGAUCGCUCAGUCACACUUAAUAACUUUCAGACCAAAAGCUGUGUUUUAUUUAACCCCUCAAACAAAAAGCUCGAUUAAGGCAGAGGCAGUGUUUCAUUUUAAUGGCUCACACCGGCGGUCUUUGUGCUGCCAUAAAGCUGCAUGAUGUAAUCUUGCUUUCGGUACUGAAACAGUAGGGAAGGGAAGCGGUCCUGAAAAGCAGAAGUCAUGUUUUCUCCUGUGUGCAGCACUGCACAAUUGGAUGCAACAAGGUUAUAAUGGAGGUCAAGAGAUAAUGGAAGAUGUGGAUGUUUUAGGGUGUGCUUCUCUUUGUCUGAUUUACUCGAAGACCUCCAUGUUUCACUGGCUGUGAAUUUUUAAUGGGCAUAUUUUUGUUUUUGUUUGGCAUCUUCACCCACCUAACAAGUUGAAUAAUUAAAUUUAGCCGAGUUGUGUGUUUAUGACAGAGACUUGUGACAGAGUCAGAGUAAAAUAUUCGCCUAGAUGAAUUUUACGCUCUAGUGCCAAGCUGCAAGCUCUCCUUUUUUUUUCAUGCUUCCAAAUUGCACACAUUUUAUCCCAAAAUACACUGUCAAAAGAAGCAUUUUUGGAAAAAAGUACACACCGCCUGUCAUAUUCUUUAGGCCCCAUUAAGAGCCAGCUGUGUUAAAUGUGAAUUUCACUGUUACCGCCGUCUCCGACAAUGGCCUUUUCAAUAAAAACCUUUGUUCUGCUACAUUUUCUGACCCAUUAUAUGACUGGAGCUGGGGGGAGAUUAAGAGACGAGGGCGUCUUCAUCACUGAGCUGCCUCUGAGAGCCUAAAUAACAGCGAAGACCACCUGUGUAAUUGUCCAGCGCUAGGGUGUCCUGAAUAGCCAUUAGCUUCCCUGCUGCAAUUACCUUUCCUCCAGUCCCCUUCAUGACACCAAGCGCAGCCGAGAGCUCUAGAGAACCUCGAAGCCUGUUUACUCCCAAACACAAUGGCUGAAACAGAGUGUCUUAUCCAGGCUGAUAUUGAUUUGUGCUUAAGAUUCGGGUCAUUACCAGUAAUUGAUUCCUCCAUUGCGUCCUCUUAACAUGCCUCGGGAGUGCGUUUACACCUGCACGGAUUGCAAAGUUCUGAUAUUUUCUAUAAAAUGGCAAGAAAGAAAAAGUGUCAAAAGCAAUCAUAUGAAUGUUGUCAUUUUUACUUUGGGAAAUGUAUACUAUGGGAGCUAUAAACUAUAUUAUGUUAGCUAUAAAAAUGUUUUUAUGCAGUUAUAACUAUUGGUAUCCUGCUCCAGAUAUCAUUUUAAGGUGCGGUUUGUCAUUUUUAACAUUUUCCUAGACCUAGUAUAAUUGUGUAGAAAUACUACACAAUUCAUGGUAUUAUCAUGUCAUUUAUCGACUUUGUAAUAACUUUGCAGUUUUUAUUUUCUGACCCUGAAAUUAGCUUCACCAGAGAUAUGCUCAGCUCCCCCUUUUCCUUAAAAGGAUAUGUUUUUUUAAAUGAUUUAUCUCAGUAUAAGAUCGCUUUGAAAAUGAUGUUACUAAAUUUAUAUUAACAUAUAUGCAUAUUUGUAUUCUAAAUAAAACUUGCACUGAAGAUAUCA